AUGUCCAUGUGCCUUGAAGUGACGUUGAUGAGCGGAAAGUCGUCCAAGAUAGACGUGCCAGUUGAUACUUGCCUGGACGACUUGAGAGGGCUUGCGCAGCGUUGGCUGCACGUUGGCACAGGAAGGUUGCUGACUGCUACCGGAGAAGUCUUGGCGGGGACGAGGACUGUCUCGCAAGCUGGUAUUCUGGCAGGGGACGUGCUGACGCUGCAAGUUGGCCAGGAGCAACUGGUAGAUGUGCGGGAAGUGCAGGCGGACAUGCAGCACGCUGCCCUGGAAGUGGUGUUGCAGAGACACACGGGAGUGCAGAAACUAGUGCAGGACUACGCCCCGGCUGGGCGACGGCACUGCCUGAGCUACAAAGCCGCCGAGGCGGUCCAGGUCCAACUCCUUCGCGGCGUGCCCAUAGUAUCGGUGGCGGAGGCCUCCACGCAGCCAGUGAAUUCCCGCCUCUCCCUUCGCUGUUACGUGGCCCGCGUGGAGGACCCAUGA